ACGCUUCCUAUCGUAAAACUCCCCUCCCCCUAAUUCACCAUGGCCGCACAGUUUGGAACUCAUCGUGAGACUGGAGAUGCCAACAGGAGGCAAGCUCAGUACCACGCCGCCUUUACUGGAGGACUCAAAGGCGCGGGGGGUGGUUUCGCAGCCGCCGUGCCCACCGCCUACGUUCUCAAUCGCUCCUGGGCACCUUUCCGAGGUCUCACUCUGCCAUUGAAGGCUUUCUUCGUCACCAUGGUCACUGUCGCUUCGGGAGUCAUCACUGCCGACAAGGCUGGUCUUGCAUUCGAGCGAGCUGGCUACUCUGAUGCCGGAGCAAAGCUGCAAAGAUCUUCUCGGACUCAUGAGGAGCAAGAGUGGGACGAUCUCUCCACCAGCGACAAGAUGUUGACAUGGACAAAGGAGAACAAAUUCAGCGUAGUUGCAGGCUCCUGGGUCGCCUCGCUGUGUGGAUCCUUUGCCUACAUCCAAACGCAGCCAAUGUCGUUUGCGCAGAAGCUGGUGCAAGCCCGUGUGUAUGCCCAGGGUCUGACUCUGGCCUCGCUAGUCGGCAUGGCGGCCAUUACCUCUAUCCCUUCGGCAGGCGAUAGGCUCAUCGAGGAGCACGCUCACGCAGGUGAUCACAGCUGGAGGGACAUGAUUCAAGACGACGGCUCGGACGACAAGGAUCAGUCGGCCAAGAAGUCACAGCAGAAGCCGAAGCAGUCAUCACAGCCAAAGAAGCAAGGCAAUGGAGACACAAAGAAGGAGGAUUAGUUAUGUAGGGAAUGUUUUUUUCUUCUUGUACACUGUUGUCUCCACCACCACAUCAUGAACCCUUUUAUUAUAGACCACCUCUCCUCAAUACGAUGCGACCCUUUGUCCUGUCUUGACUC